AUGCCCGUAUUUAAUAUCUAUGUACCAGUGUUUAAGUCUAUAGAUUAUUUUUUACAUCUUUUAUUGGAUUUUUUUUUCUAUUUUUUCGCUUUUAUUCCCACUCUUACAUUCCUUUUUUCUUUUCUUAUUCUUUCUUUCUUUCUUCUUUUUAUUGUUUCUUUCUUUUUUCCUUUUCUUUCUUUCUUUCUUGUUUUCUUUCUUUCUUUUUCCUUUUCUUUCUUGCUGUCUUUCUUGCUUUCUUUCUUUCUUUCUUCUUUUUAUUGUUUGUUUCUUGUUUUCCUUUUCUUUCUUUCUUUUGUUUCUUUCUUUUUCUUUUUCUUUCUUGCUUUCCUUUUCUUUCUUUCUAGCUUUCUAGCUUUCUUUUUCCUUUUCUUCCUUGCUUUCUUUCUUUUUCCUUUUCUUUCUUUCUUUCUUUCUUUCUUUAUCCUUUUCUUUCUUUCUUCCUUUCUUUCUUUCUUCUUUUUAUUGUUUCUUUCUUUUUUCCUUUUCUUUCUUUCUUUCUUUUUCUUUUUCUUUCUUGCUUUCUUUCUUUCUUUUUCCUUUUCUUUCUUGCUUUCUUUCUUUCCUUCUUUUUUCUUUUUCUUUCUUUCUAGCUUUCUUUCUUUCUUUUCUUACUUACUUUCCCGACUUUCGUCUCGUCAAGUUUCGCUACAUCCUUCCUACCCGUCCACCCAUACCAAUUUUUUUUUCAUUAUCUUUCUCAAUAGUAAUCUUUUUCGAAGAUUACCCACAGGACAGACGUUAAAGUAUUUUCAACUGAGUGGAUUCUUCUUUACGGUUUCAAAACCUUCCCCAGUACCAGUCAGUCGUAAAAACUAA